AUGAAUUGGGCCUUCCUCCAAGGCCUCCUGAGCGGGGUGAACAAGUACUCCACGGCGUUUGGUAGAAUCUGGCUGUCUGUGGUCUUCAUUUUCAGGCUCAUGGUCUUUGUGGUGGCCGCCGAGAAGGUCUGGGGCGACGAGCAGAAAGACUUCGACUGCAACACCCGUCAGCCCGGCUGUCACAAUGUCUGCUAUGACCAUUUCUUCCCCAUCUCCCACACCCGACUCUGGGCCCUACAGCUUAUCUUCGUCACCUGCCCGUCCCUCCUGGUGGUUCUUCACGUGGCCUACAGGGAGGAACGAGAGCGCAAACACAGAUUGAAGUAUGGCGAAAACUGCACCCCUCUCUAUGAUAACACGGGGAAGAAGCGAGGGGGUCUUUGGUGGACCUACUUUCUCAGCCUGAUCUUCAAGAUAGGGGUGGAGGCUGUGUUUGUCUUCCUGUUGUUCUACAUCUAUGAGGCCACCUUCUUCCCACCUUUGGUGAAAUGCAGCGAGGACCCAUGUCCCAAUGUAGUGGACUGCUAUAUUGCCAGGCCCACAGAGAAGAAGAUAUUCACUGUCUUUAUGGUGGUGACCAGUUUUGUGUGCAUCCUCCUCACUCUGUGUGAGGUCUUCUACCUGUGCGGGAAGAGAUGCUGGGAAUGCUGUGGAAUAAGACAUCGCUCCGUGAGGGAUAACUCCUUCAUCAUGACUAAGGCCCCUCUGGCUGGGAGGGAAAACUCAUUGUUCAAAGAGCCUGGCCUGGAGAAGAUCAAGAUGUCCGAUCACAGGGGAGAUGGAGCCAAAGAGAGUUCAGCCCCAGCAUACCAUGUGGCAGUCUCCUGAGAGACAUUUUCUUAAAUGAAGUUUGACUUGAGAAGUUUGGGGAACAAAGAAAGUCUUUACACUUUGUAGCACUGUACUCUUGGCCCAAGCUAUCUGCAAAAAAAAAUUAACAAUGGAAAGAAAAAUGUUGUUUACAAAGCCUGUGUCAACUUUUUUUUUUUAAUAUGUAUAUGCCAUGCAAUUUUACACCAAAACCAUGUCCAGUGAUGUUAUGGUCCCCUAAUAUUGUUGAGUUGGAAAUGUGUGUGAUUUUUAUACUUGUGACCUAAAUUGAU